ACAAUUGAUAAUUGGUAUGGAGCAGGCAGCAUCCGAGCGGUUUGUGCUGUACGGUGGUGAUCUACGUAACAGCAUCGAGGAUGGUUGCAACUCUUUUGGCGAACUGGUCGUGAAACGGUUACAUCGCAAUGGCGACGAGGUGGCACUGGUGGACGCAGUUUCUGGAGAUUCGCUCACAUACCAUCAGAUUCUAGCCCGUGCACUCAAGCUAGCCAACCGUUUCCAUCGGCUCGGCAUUAAACGUAACAGCGUGGUUGGAAUAUGUAGUGAAAAUAGCAUUCACUUCCCCAUCAUUACGUUUGCUACGAUUAUGCUGGGCGGUACAGUGCUACCGAUCAACUAUAGCUACAGCUCCUCCGAGUUGAAGCACGUAUUGCUGCUAACCAAACCCGUCGCUCUGUUUGCGUCCGAGGUACCGCUUCGUAAGAUCAUCGCGAUGCGUGAUGCUCUGCCAUCCGUUAAGCUGCUCGUUUCGCUCGGUAAGAAUCGCCCAACGCGUGGAGUUGCCUUGCUAGAUGAUUUCUUCGAUUCCAGCCCGAUCAGUAAUAUGCGCAGUUUCACGCCACAACCUGUUCCGCUCAAAAAACAAGUCGCGGUGAUGGUGAUGUCGUCCGGUACAACAGGACUCCCGAAAGCGGUACAGCUAACGCAUCAUAAUGUGAUGACUGUGAUGGCCUACCAGGCGGAAGAUCCUCGCUACACUGAAUUACCGGUGCCAUUGCGCGUACUGGGACUGUUACCGUUUUACCAUGUGUUUGGUUUUAUGCUAUCGCUUAACAGUUGCCUCAACAAGGUUCCAAUGGUGGUACUGUCUCGCUUUGAGCCGAAUCUGUUUCUACGCACUAUCCAGGAUCAUCGCAUUACCAUGGCAAGUCUCGUACCGCCGCUGGUCGUCUUCCUGGCCAAAAGUCCGCUAGUGGAUAGUUACGAUUUAAGCUCACUGUAUGCCGUGCUUUGUGGUGCUGCACCACUCAGCCGGGAGAUAGAAGAGCUGGUCCGAUCCCGGCUACCGAAUGUGCAAACGAUCCGAACCGGUUAUGGUAUGAGCGAAACUUCGCUUGGAGUGAUAUCGCGCACAAACGAAAAGGUUGGUUCCGUCGGCAAGGUACAUAAAACCACUCACGUGAAGGUGGUUGAUCUAGAAACGGGUUGUGCGCUUGGUUCGAACCAAACAGGUGAGAUUUGCAUCAAAGGCCCAUUGGUGAUGAAAGGCUAUCUUCACAAUGAUCGUGCAACAUCUGAAAUGAUCGAUACCGACGGAUGGCUGCAUACUGGCGACAUUGGAUAUUACGAUGGAGAGCAAGACUUUUACAUUGUCGAUCGCAUUAAAGAUCUGAUCAAGUACAAAGGAUUCCAGGUGCCACCGGCCGAACUGGAGGAUGUGCUGCUCAGCCAUCCAAAGAUACGUGACUGUGCCGUAGUUGGUGUUCCGGACGAAGUGGCCGGCGAACUUCCGGCAGCUUUUGUGGUAAUCCAACCUGGAACAAAAGUCACCGAACAGGAAGUAAUCCAAUGCGUGGCAUCCAAAUUGUCACCCCAAAAGCAUCUUCGUGAUGGUGUUUACUUUGUCGACGAGAUACCCAAAACCGGUAGUGGUAAGAUAUUGCGCCGUGAACUUCGAAAUUCUUUGCAACAUCCAAAAUCAAAACUGUAAUUAGGCAAGCCAUUUGCAAUAUUCAUUAGAUAGUUCGAGGAUAUGGUUUUUAAAUGUUAUUGCAAAAUUUAAUAAAGAAAAACUCUUCUAAAUCCCGAUUACAGUUUAAA